AUGGAGCGCCAUCCCAUUGCAGACCGUGCUCGCAAAGAGUAUUUGCGCACUGCGACGAUUAUGGAACAAGAGCCUUGGUACUUGGUACGUGCCGCAAGGGCCCUCCGGGAUUGGAUCGAUAUGAAUGAUAACAAGAGCUGGCCAGACCCCAUCAUGCCGGUUUGGAUGCAUGAGCGGGCAACUCGUCCCAUUGGAGUGCAGCCAAAUCCAACGGGGUGGGAGAAGUUUGCACCUGGCCCUGUUCGACUAAUCCACGCUGAGGGCAUUCCACCACAGGAGCCCAAGCCCAAAAAAAGACCAGCCAAGGAAACAGGUGAACCCAAGAAGAGAGGCCGACCCCGCAAGGUCCGGCCAGAAGAGAACACUGACCCCCAGCCAGAAGUUGAGACCGCCCCAGCGCCUCUUGGUGACAUGGCCAUUGAUGCCCCUGAAGUUGAGGCUGUUCCUGAGGAUGGCGGGGUUCGGGAGGAUCAGGCUCAGGUGGGGGAGGACCAGGCUGAGGUGGGCAAGGAUCAGGCUGAGGUGGGGGAAGGUGAAAAGCCAGGUGAAGCCAAAGAUCUACCCGCCCCUGAUGUAUCUUUGUAUGGGUGCCCGCGGUGCUACCACAGUCCGUCGGGGUGUUCAACAUGCAAACGUCCAGGGUACAAGGCGAGGGGACCCAAUAUCAGGACUACAGGCAAGGCCAAAGCAAAGGCAGCAAGCAAAAGCAAAGCAGCAGCCAAAGGCAGCAAGGGCCCAGGUCGGGGAAGGAAACCAGGCCGAUCUGCUCGGCAAAAGUCUUGA